AAGAUGCCGGUCCCUGUCGUGUUUCAGGCAAUUCCCCUGCUUUUCUGCGACCGAAUCCUGCUCUCCUUGCUGAAUGGAUGGAGCUCCUCCCUGGUCCCCUUGGGGGUCUCAGCGGCUUGGCUGGAGGCCGCUCUCCGACUGCUGGUUCUCUUGGGGGUCAGGGGCCUGCUCUCCGUGGGUCGGACCUCCCCAAUGUCCUUUUGCACGGUGGCUGCAGUCAGCAUCCUGCCCCCUUUGUACCUGUUGGUGGGACACUGGUUUGGGGACCCUCCCCUCCUGGUCUCUUCGGCUGCUUGGUCUUGGUGGCUGGCAAUCUACGGGGCGGUGGGCUUCUCCCAGCUCCUCUGUGGGAUCCUGGCAGAAGGACGAAGCCCAAAGGAGUCCCGGAAAGAAGACAAAGCCACCCUUUGUAAGAUGCUCAAGCUCUUCUGUCCAGACAAGCUGUAUCUCACUGGCGCUUUCUUGUUCCUCGUCCUGGCGGUGAUUGGUGAAACAUUCCUGCCCUAUUACACCGGGCGUUUGAUUGACAUCCUGGGCACCAAAUAUGACGCAGAAGCCUUUUCCACAGCUAUCUCUCUACUCUUCCUGAUCUCAUUUGCAAGCUCCGUGUUUGGCAGCUGCCGUGGGGGGCUCUUCAUGUUCACGAUCUCACGGAUGGUUAUCCGGACUCGCAACUUACUCUUCUCUUCUCUGGUGCGGCAAGACCUGGCCUUCUUCCAGGAGGUGAAAACAGGAGCUCUGGCGUCCCGCCUUUCCAAAGACACGACUAUGAUGAGCCGCUCGGUGCCACUCAACACCAACAUCUUCCUGCGCACCCUGAUCAAGUCCAUUGGGCUCUACGUAUUCAUGAUUGGCCUGUCCUGGCGCCUGACGCUGCUAAUGCUGAUCGAGACCCCACUCAUGAUGGCCGUCCAGAAGUUCUAUAAUGUCCGUCAUCAGGCUUUACUGAAGGCGAUCCAGGACUCGGUGGCCCACUCAGAGGAGGUGGUGCAUGAGGUAAUCUCCUCCGUGCAGACGGUGCGCAGCUUUGCCACUGAGGAGGAGGAAUCGCAGCGCUAUGAGGCGUCCUUGGAAGACACCUGCCGGCUGAGGAACCAAAGAGACUUGGAAAGGAUCGUUUACUUAUUCGCUGUACGGACCCUGAUUUACAUUUAUGGGGAUGCCCUGAGCAAUGUGGGCGCAGCAGAAAAAGUAUUUGAAUAUCUUGACCGGAAACCUUCUGUCAGCACAGAAGGGAUGCUGUCUCCAGAAACCCUCUCCGGACACAUCUCCUUCCAAAAUGUUUCCUUCUGCUAUCCUUCCCGCCCCGAGAUCCAGGUCCUGAAGAAUGUCUCCUUUGAGCUCUGCCCUGGGGAAGUGAUGGCGCUGGUGGGCCCGAACGGCAGCGGAAAGAGCAGCUGCGUCGCCCUCCUGGAGCACUUCUACGAACCCCAGUCUGGGGAGGUCCUGCUGGAUGGAGAACCAGUUGGGAAAUAUGAGCACAAGUAUCUCCAUAGGCAGGUGGCCCUGGUGGGCCAGGAGCCCGUCCUAUUCUCCGGGUCCGUCUGGGACAAUAUCGCCUACGGCCUGCAAGGCUGCAGUGAAGAAGAUGUGAAGAGAGCAGCGAAAGAAGCUGAUGCCCUGGGAUUCAUCAAUGAGCUGGAAGGAGGCUUCGCUGCAGAGGUGGGGGAGAAGGGAGGGCAGCUCUCCAUCGGGCAGAAGCAACGAUUGGCCAUCGCCCGGGCCCUGAUCCGUGACCCAAAGGUCUUGAUACUGGAUGAAGCCACGAGUGCCCUGGACACCAAGAGUGAAGCUGCAAUCCUGGAGUCUCUGCAGAAAAGUAAAGCUCGGACCGUGCUGGUGAUUGCUCACCGGAUGCAGACGGUGGAAAACGCACACAAGAUUGUGGUGCUGGAAGACGGUGUUGUUGUGGAGGAGUAGACUUACACGGAAUUGAUGGACAGGAGAGGCCCCUUGUACAGACUGGUGGAAAGGACCCAGGCAACUUCCGGCAUUGCAACGGAGAUGCUCGGCCACAGGAUCCACUGCUUUUGUAGAUGCCAAAUGCAUGAUUGGCCGGGGAGAUAGACAACAGCACCGUCCAAUGGAAAGAGAGUGACCCAGAAGGCCACCUGUCCAUCAGCUCUUGAUCAGUCAAGAGUUGAUGAACGGCAGCCAUUUGGAAGAGGAGGUUGUCUUUCUUAUCUGGACACAAUUCAUGUGGUGUUAAGUAACGACUUGGACUCCGGAAACUCUGUGAUGAAAGAUGCACAAUCCCGUUUCAAGCAACUGCUUUGUUUAGCAAACAUACCAAUAUUCCAGUUUUUCCUUCGUUUAAAUUUAGCACGUGAGACUUUUUUUUUUGUACAACCUGCUUUUUUGUCACACUUUUUAAUAUUGGUUGCGGUAACUUGACUUCUUGUUUAUUUAACAAAACAAAGUCUGCGUGUGAUCCCUUUUAGUUCUAGCAAAUCUGCCUGUGGAUGGAAGUCACGUAGGUAGGUCUCAAAUUAGUACGGUUAGAGAAUCCCACAAAAUGGCUGCAUUAUUUGAAUUUGUACUACUGGAAGUGAUAUUGAACAUAUUCUGCAAAGAGCCAGCUCUCUAGAGAAGGGUCUAAUGCUGGGAAAGAAAGGCAGAAGGAAAGAGAAGUGGAUGACCAAGGCAAGGGGAAUGGAUUCAGUUACUGAAGUGAUGGGAAAUCCUGAAGAUCCAGGUACAUAUUUGAAUGCUAAGAAUUGACACGGACUUGAAGACACUCAAUCAGUCGUUAGUCAAACAU